AACUUUUAACUUUUAACAUCCGCAACAUUGGAGAAUCGCAGAUCAGAGGACACUAGUCACUUGCACUAGAGACAUUCAUCUAAUCACUAAACCAGUAUGGCAGAAACUUGCAAAGUACUGCUUUUGGGAGCUGUGAAAGCUGGCAAGACUGCAUUCCUACUCCGCUACAGUGACAGCACUUUCAUUGAUGCCUACACAUCUACAGUUGGAAUUGAUUUCAAAGCCAAGGAGGUGACAAGGGGUGGUAAAACAUACGCACUUCAGUUGUGGGAUACUGCUGGCCAAGAACGUUAUCAAGCAAUAGUAAAUGCCUACUUCAGAGGAUCUAAUGGAUUCAUUAUCAUAAUGGACCUCACAGCUAAAGACGCACUAGAGGAUGCUGAGGGAAAGAUGACCCGAAUCAAAGAAGCGAAUUUGGAUAAUCCUGAAGUAAUUCUAGUGGGAAACAAGUCUGAUCUGACUGAGAGCAGAGUGAUCACCAAAGAGCAAGGCAUGGAGCUGGCCCAGUCACUGGGCAUAGAGUAUUUUGAGACCAGUGCCAAGGACGGCAUGAAUGUAGCUGAAGUUGUUGACAAGCUCCUUGAUUUAAUCUAUGGAAAGCCUGAGCCUAAGCCCGAGAAAAAGCCUGAAGUUAUCCCUACUGUGGAAACUGAACAGCCAAUUGAACAGCCGAUUGAACAGCCGAUUGAAAAGCCAGUGAAAAAAGAAUCAACUCCCGAGAAAAAACCAGACCCUGAGAAAAAGCCAAAUGUUGAAACGAUUCCCGAAAAGCCCACUAAGCAGCCUGUUCGCAAGCCUGCUACAAAAUCAUGCUGGAGUACUGGAACAUUCCUGUUGAUAGGGGUUGCUUGUGUUGUAGCAUUUAGCGCUUGGUAUUUCUCGUAGGACUGUUUGAACAGUUGAUUCCAUGCAUGUGAAGUGUCACUCAUGAAUAAUGCAUAAGUGAUUUUCUGGUAGCAUUGCACUCUGGAAGAAAGAUAA